AUGGAAGUUUCUAAAGCUCUGAAAUUGUUGUUAUUUCUUGGAUCUUUCAUACUUCUUCGAUUCUCUUAUGCUGAACGAAUUAAAUCAAUCUCUUCAAUCGUCUGUUUAGGAUCAAAUAAAACUGUUGUGAUAUCCGAAUGUUCUGUUAAGCCGGUCUCUAAGCAUCAAUCAGGAAUCAACAUUGUUAUGGAUUUCCUCACAAAAGUCAAUAAAGCUAUGCUCUACUAUGAAUUCUGGGCUAAAAAAGGAAAAACUUUUCGAAUAAUUGCAAAAGGAGAUGACGUAGAACUUUGUCGGUUUUUUAAUGGAACUAAUGAUGGAAUCAUGAGGUUUGCAAUGGGUAUACUGAAAAAAUUUCGGAAAAAAUCACUUGGACCAUGUCCAAAGGAAGUAGGUAAUUAUGUGUUAUUAUUGGGUCAUCAUGAAUUAUUAAACAUCACACUUCGUAAACCAGCUGAUAAGAAAAAGGUCGCUCCCGCAUCUAAUUACAGAUCAAAUAAAACUGUUGUGAUAUCCGAAUGUUCUGUUAAGCCGGUCUCUAAGCAUCAAUCAGGAUUCAACGUUGUCCUGGAUUUCAUUACAAAAGUCUAUAAACUUAUGAUUAAUUAUGAAUUCGGGGCUAAAUUAGGAAAGAGCUUUCGAACAAUUGUGAAAGGAGAUGACGUAGAAAUUUGUAGGUUUUUUAAUGGAACCAACGUUGGUCUUAUGAAGUAUGCAAUAAAUGUGUUAGCAAAUUUGCCGGAAAAAUCACUUGGACCAUGUCCAAAAGAAGGUCAUCAUGAAUUUUUAAACAUCACAAUUGGUGGAGCAGUUGAUAAGACAGUCGGUCCCACAAAUAGUUACAGUAUUUUCAUUCAAUUUCAUAAUGAAAACGAUGACAAUAUUGCUUCGAUCAAACUUUUCCUUGAUAUUUUUAGUGUUAAAGAUUAA